AUGCGACCGGGAGAGGGGGCCGGGGCGGCUUUCGUCCAGAUGGGGUGGAGGGGGAGGGGGUGCGAUGGGGGCGGGGAUGGAAGGGGGGGGCUGCGGGGGGGGGGGUGGGGGUGGCACGUGGGCGGGGUGGGAGGGCGCGGGGGGGGCCCUGAGCGACAGAGCCCGGAGGGGGGCCUGAAAGAAAUCUCUCUACUAACCCCCCUCCCGUCGGUACUCGCUAUAUCCGAGAGAGUAGAGUGA